GGAGGGCGGAGGCCCGCGGGGCGGAACAGCCGCGGCGAGUGGCGGCGGCGGCGGCGGGAACCGAGGCGGCGACGAGCUUGGGGGUCGCGACUUGCGGCAUCGGCGGCGGCAUCGGCGGCGGCGGGCCCGGAGGCGGGCGGAGAGCCGGGGCGCAAUGGAGCGGAAGAGGUGGGAGUGCCCGGCGCUCCCGCAGGGCUGGGAGAGGGAAGAAGUGCCCAGGAGGUCGGGGCUGUCGGCCGGCCACAGGGAUGUCUUUUACUAUAGCCCCAGCGGGAAGAAGUUCCGCAGCAAGCCACAGCUGGCGCGGUACCUGGGCGGCUCCAUGGACCUCAGCACCUUCGAUUUCCGCACGGGGAAAAUGCUGAUGAACAAGAUGAAUAAGAGCCGCCAGCGCGUGCGCUAUGACUCCUCCAACCAGGUCAAGGCUCUGGCUAAACGCCUCCCUGGCCCCUCCAACCCUCCGUGGAUCCCGGUCGGAGCGGCCCGCUGCAGAGUCUUCUCCCCCCAGGGCAAGCCUGACCUGAACACCGCACUGCCUGUACGGCAGACCGCAUCCAUCUUCAAGCAGCCGGUGACCAAGAUCACCAACCACCCCAGCAACAAGGUCAAGAGCGACCCGCAGAAGGCGGUGGACCAGCCGAGGCAGCUGUUCUGGGAGAAGAAGCUGAGCGGCCUGAGUGCCUUCGACAUCGCUGAGGAGCUGGUCAGAACCAUGGACCUGCCCAAGGGCCUGCAGGGGGUGGGCCCAGGCUGCACCGAUGAGACGCUGCUGUCGGCCAUCGCCAGUGCGCUGCACACCAGCACCCUGCCCAUCACGGGCCAGCUCUCGGCAGCCGUCGAAAAGAACCCUGGCGUGUGGCUAAACACUGCGCAGCCACUGUGCAAAGCCUUCAUGGUGACUGAUGACGACAUCAGGAAGCAGGAGGAGCUGGUGCAGCAGGUGCGCAAGCGUCUGGAGGAGGCGCUGAUGGCCGACAUGCUGGCCCACGUGGAGGAGCUGGCCCGGGAUGGGGAGGCGCCACUGGACAAGGCCUGUGCUGAGGACGAGGAGGACGAGGAUGAGGAAGACGACGAGCCUGAGCCUGAGCGGGUCUAGCACAGAUGCCCUGCCACGUCUGGGUUGCAGACGCCUCGAAUGGCCUUGCACACUUCCCUCAGCCUUGCCUGGACCAGGUGGGGGCCAGGCCAGCAGGAGGCAGGCCUCCUCCAGCUUCCGGGCCUCGGUGCAGGGAGCCCCUGUGGGCCUCGGACUCCCUUGCCCCUGCACUCGUGGCAAGAAGCCCCACAUUGAAAACUGCAGGUGGGUGGGGUGCAGCUAGGAGGCAGCCUUCACCGUGGUCACCCUCCUGCCUCCUCACCAUAAGAAGCAGCCCUGCUCGGCACCAAGGAGCUACAAGCUUUGUUGGGCCGCUGGAGGAAGGUUCUGGAAACACGCCUGGCUGUUCCUGUCUUUCAGCGCCACAGGCCAGGGUCUGGACUGCUACCAGGGUCUCGGGGUCGCCAGCCUCCCUGAGCUAGGGCCAGCAGCCAGCCAGGAACUUGCUUUCCUUCAAUAAACCGAUGGUAGGAACUUA